UCUGCAGCCAAUCAGAGAAGCCAUCCUUGUUGCCGCCCUCCCGCUCUGGGACAGGGAAGAAAUCCUAGGAGGCAGUGUAGAGUCUGGCUCUGGCCAGUAAAGAUGCAGCAGCUCCUGUGUCCUCUCCUCUUACCUCACUGAGGGAGAGAAUAAAAAGUAUAUAUCAGUAAUGCUGAUACCUAGAAACACCUAAUGUAAGACAAGAGUAAAAAAACUCAUUACAGAAAACCACAACCUGGUUCCAUUGUGACGUAUCGUCUAUUAAUAUGCAAAUCUAUUACUGAAUCCUCGGCCCCGGCUCCUGACUGGUUAGUUAUUAGCAGAUUCCAGCUCAGGAAGCCUAUGGCCGCUGUCACUUAUCAGAUAAGAUUUUCCUAUUUGACAAAACCUGGGGUUAGUGCUGAAAUGUCAAAGGAAACCGCUCCACACUAAAACCACAGGAUGAACCAGAUAGCAAUGGUGUGCGCUCUAUAUAAUGGGAGGUCUAGACCUGAGCACCUCACAGCAUUCACCUGCCCAAGACUAACAGAGACCAAUACAGCAAAUACAGCAGCACCAUGGAAGUCCUGACAGCACCCGGCAAGUUGACAGCAGUGCUGCUUUUCCUUGGAGUUACCGCUUUCAUGUCUGUCCAUUGUGUGGAUCUUCAUCAUUUAAAGAAAGCAGCGUGUCCACCCCUCGCUAGAUUACCCCCCACAGUGAAAGUCAGCCUGAACAUAAGCGGACACGACUCCCUUCUCCUGACUGGUGAUGUGAAUAAGCGCUCCACCUCUCCAUGGGAGUACAGCUAUGACAGAAACGUGUACCGAUACCCUGUGGUUAUUGCCGAGGCCAAGUGUAAUAUGGCCGUGUGUGUGGAUGCCCAGGGAGAGGUGGAUAACAACGUAAUUUCCGUCCCCAUCAGACAAGAGAUCCUGGUCCUUUACCAUGAGAUGAAUAAAUGCGUCCCCAGCUUCAAACUGGAGAAAAAGCUUGUGACCGUGGGCUGCACCUGCGUACGAGCCAUCAUCAAAGAGCAGCAAUAGGACGUUUACAUUUUGUAUUUUUAUUAUGUGGAGCAAAAGUCUAUUAGGAGAAAAAUUAAGAAUGUAGCAUUGGAUAAGUGCGAGUCUUCUGGUAGCAAUGUACAUUGCAAAAUUCUCAACCAAUAUCUAGUAUUUACAUUAUUUGUAUUUAUAUAUUUAUCUUAGAAAUUUUACACAUUGUAUUUAUUCUUUAAUCUAAAAAAAAUAAAAUUAAAGCUGUA